AAAACUUGGUCGUGCAUGCAAGUGAUUCAAGUGUUUAAAGCGAGCGAACGCCUGCACACGCGGCGCAGUCAUCUACUGAUCACAGCAGACGUCAAUAUGUUUACACUAAGCGUGGUUGUGUUUUCCUUUCUGGCGUUCACCGCUGCUACUAACGUGCAACAAUGCCCAGGAAAAUCGUUCGAGGGAUUGAAAGAUAGAGUUCAAUUAUCACCAUGUAAGAAAUUGCCCUGUCGUCUUAAGAAGGGAACCGACCAAAAUAUUACAAUCCAGUUUACUCCAGAUAAAGAUAUAACAGAAGUUAAAAACCAAGUUUCGGCUGAUGUGGCUGGAAUCUCCUUGCCGUUCAUUGGAGUUGAUGGGCUUCCAAUUUGCCAAAAACUUGAAACUGAAAAUGGAGAAAAAGCAUCAUGUCCUCUACAAGCGGGCACUAAAUACGUUUAUAAGGAUUCCUUCCCCAUACUAGAAUUUUACCCUAAGAUAGAGUCCACUGUACAGUGGGCGUUAAAAGAUGGUGAAAAUGAUAUCAUAUGCUUCAAAGUACCCGUGAAGAUUGUAUAGUUUAUAGGAAUAUUUUGAAGACCAAUUUACUUUUUAACGUCGGCUUAUAAUGAUGAGUAACCUAUCUCUUAAAAAUAUCUACCUCGGCUACACAGAUCAAUACCUUAAAGUACAUUGGUCUAAAAUAUAUUAUUUUAGAUAAAAGAAUAUCGACCAACCUUUCAAAGGAAGGCAACGUCAUCCAUAUCAUAUAUUAGAAUUAUAUUAUGAUUUUUUGUAAAGUUUAUUAUUCUCUCUCAAUAAUUACAAAAUAAUCACUCGAUAUUAGAAGAAAUUCAAUUUUAAUAUUUUUAAGAAACAAUUUAUUGAGUGGUUUCAAUCAAUUUAUUCAGUGUGUUUAAAAAAAUAUAUUUCAAAUGGAAGCAGCCGAAAUUUUUAAUAUUACAACACAGGGUACCCUAUAAUAGUAAUAGAUAGAAGUUGAUGUGAAACUAUUUAGCGACUUGUAUAUUUAAUCGAUAAAAUUAUCAUAACAUAAUAUUUUACCUAUUUAAUUAUUCUUACCAAAAUGUAUUUGGAUCCUAUUGAUAAUUUUGUGAAGUUUUGCUUAAAUAUUAAAAAAGUAUUGAAAUGUUGUAAUAUAAAGUUAUUAUAAACUAUAAUAAAUAUACUUUUAUUAUACGAUUUCAAUGUUUGAGAAAAAUGUCACGAAAAUCGUAUUAUUUGAGUAUAAAAUUAAACGUCUAUAGAAGCUGUAAGUCCAUGUAAAAUGAAGAUUACAAACGAUAAAAUUAUAUGUUAUGUUGAAUGGUAAAAAGUGAUAUUGGUAUAUUUAUAUUGUAUAGAAUUUAAGUAUAAUAAAUAUUGUAAUAAAAUACAAUGUUUUAUUUUUUUAAAUAGUUUUAUUAUAAAAAUAGGGCUCUCAAUAUAACACUAUAAAAUUAAAUCUACAAGAUAAUUAUGUCCAGUACAGGCAGACUAACUACAAUUAGGAAAAAUGAGAAAUAUUUUUUAUGUCUUAAUUCUUCUUAGAAGCUGCUGUAAUGAUUGCCGGUACUUCAAAA